AUGGAUGCAAGCUUGUACACACCUUCAAAACAGAUGAGAAUGAUGACCACCUCACUUGCGUUGACAUCGUCUGGUAGCUUCCUUGUGCAACCGACUGUCAAAAUCACAUCACGACACACUAUUGAUCCACCCAUUCUUGAAGCACGAGGAACAGGUGCUCUUGUUCCUAACAUUGAUGAAAUAACACCGCGCCAACUCAAAGCUGAAAUCAUGCAUCUGCGAAACGAUAUGUCAUUAGCACAUCAGCAUCUCAUUGCAAGGGAUGGGAUCAUAGAAUCAGCUCACGCAACGUUGGUUGUCCAAAACAUCUUUGUGGAGAAGCAGAGUCUUGCCCUCAACACCAAGGAGAAUCCAAGACCAAAGAAUAGUACAAAGGUCAGCAUGGAAGGGAAAGGCCGGCAUCUAACAGGCUCUGAGUUUAUGAAUGCUGUAGAAGAGGCUGGAAAGGCUUGGGAGAAUCAGGAGAAUACGAGGCAGGAGAAAAGGCUGUGGAAAGAGAAUGCAAAGAAGCAGAAAGAAGAGCUGGAAAGGUGGUGGAAGGAAUUCAAGACACAGCGAGCUUCAGAGAGUGCUGAACGUGAGAAGCUCUGUCAAUGGCUGAGGGAGGAGAGAGUGCGAGUAAAGGACCUUCCAAAAGGCCCAUCUUGUGUGUUGAAGGCUGACUGGAUGAAGGCAGCCAUCCAGGAUCUUGACGACAAGAGCGAUGACAACAAUGAUGAAUCAGAAGAAGAAUGAUGGUG